AAUGAAUAGUAAUUAAAUGUGCCAUCUUGCACCGAUAGCAUUUGACACAAUGUAGUAAUUAAAUGUGCCAUCUUGCACCGAUAGCAUUUGACACAAUGUAGUAAUUAAAUGUGCCAUCUUGCACCGAUAGCAUUUGACACAAUGUAGCCUAUGGUGUUGUUUAGACAAUUCAUGUCAAUCAGCUGAGCAGCUCCUGCGCAUGCGCGUGUGCUGUCUAUUCGGUGAAACCCCUCUUAGUAUUUUCAUUGUGAGCUGCACAAACCGAUUUAACAAAACCAGAGGACACACGUCAACAAUAAAUAGUCUGUCACAUAGUCCAUGAGUUACCUUCACUGCGUAGCAUGGAUUCUGCCUUCCAGUGAAACUUUCCAGAGAGCCGAAUACAACAAGCCUACAUUUGCGUCCAGCUCACUGGAGUCUGGUGACCAUCCUGCCCCGCUCACACCUCUCAGAUGGUGUUAAAGUACUCCGUACCAGUGAUAGUGGUUCAAAGCAGGAAGUCUCUGUGCAAUCAUCUGGUGGCCCUUCUUUACCAGACAGUGCACUACUCUCAACUAAACAUUCCUGCUGCACCACCAGUUCACAGCUGAACAGACACAAAACAGAGUUGGCUCAAGCCAAGAACACUCGUGGUGUGAAGCCAGGUCCGGUUGAUGGGAUAGAGUUCUGUAAACCUAGUAACUCGCGUGCUGAUGGAAUAAGCCAUGGCCAAGCUGCAGGCGCUCCAGAGCCAGCCAGCAGCCCCAGAUGGUGGGUGGGGCUGGGUGGUGGUGGGGGCCCUGUUUGUGACCUCUGCCCUGGUGUUUGGGAUAAUCCGGAGCAUGGGGGUCUUCUUUGUGGAGUUUGUGCAGUACUUUGGGGAGGGCGCCCAGGCUGUCUCCUGGAUCACAUCCAUAGGGUUGGCCAUGCAGCAGUGUGUCAGUCCAUUUGGCACAGCGCUGUGUAAUGGAUACGGUGCCAGACCUGUUGUGAUGGCAGGAGGUUGUCUCUCUGCACUCGGCUUCAUCCUGGCCUCACAGGCCACCUGCGUCACACACCUCUACCUCACCUUGGGCAUCAUCUCAGGUUCGGGCUGGGCAUUAGUCUUCACUCCUAUGGUGGCGUCAGUGAUGCAGUACUUCACCCGGAAGCGCUCCCUGGCCAUGGCGCUAGGCUUUACGGGCGUGGGCCUCUCGUCCUUCGCCUUUUCACCCCUCUUCCAGCUCUUGGUGGAGAUGUACACCUGGCGGGGGGCCCUUCUCAUCCUGGGGGGCCUCAGCCUCAACAUGGUGGCCUGCGGGGCCCUCAUCAGGCCCCUGGGGACUCACAAGGCUGUAGCUGCGCUGGCCCCAGGUGAGAGUGCCUGUUCCUGCGCCACCCUCUUCCACCGGGCCUACUCCUACCUGGAGCUUUCCCUCCUCUUCCAGCGGCCCUUCCUCACUUACAGCCUGGCCAUCACCUUCUUCAACUGUGGCUACUUUGUGCCUUACGUCCACCUGGUGGCCCACAGCCGCCACGAGGGCUUCUCCCAAUAUCAGGCUGCCUUCGUCAUCUCAGCCACGGGUGUGACGGACAUCGUGGGCCGUGUGGUGUCCGGCUGGGCCUCGGACCUGGGCCGUCUCCGUCUGCCCCACAUGCUGGUCCUCUGGACGGGCCUGUUGGGCCUCUCCCUCCUCGCGCUGCCCCUGGGCUCCCUGGGGGGGUCCUACCCGGGCCUGCUCAUCAUCAGCCUAGCUUAUGGGUUCUGCGCCGGCGCCAUGACUCCCCUGGUGUUCUCGGUGGUGCCGGAGAUCGUGGGCAUGGAGCGGAUGCUGGGCGCCCUGGGGUUGCUACAGAUGAUUGAGAGCAUCGGGGGGCUGCUGGGGUCACCGCUGUCAGGUUUGUUGAAGGACCUGACAGGCAGUUACACGGCCUCCUUCCUGGUCGCUGGUGGUUUCCUCCUGCUGGGUACCAUGGUAAUGACCACUUUGCCUCACUUCUUCUCCUGCACCGACCAGCGCCCUCUCCAGAGACACGCCCGCAACUACAACAACAAGCAGCAGAACCAGCAGAGCCCUGAGUCUGGCCUCAUGACCAACUCCCAAUCAGAGAAACUCAACCACAUAGAUACCAUACCGUACUCUCAACCGCAACUGGACUGCGACAGCCUCCAGCCGGAACCAGAGGUGUACAUGCCUUUAAACUGAAGCAGAACCGAUGAUGCCACUACUAUAUAGCCGAUGAUGCCACUUACUUAGCCAAUAGGGCGGCUGAAUGCCUCGUUUCUCAGUGGAGUUUCCACAUUGGUCUGGGGAGUACAUGGUUAAGGUGCACGAGUGCUACAGGUUUAUAUUCCGAAGUCGUGUACAUUUGUGGAGGAGGAAGACACAGACAGCAAGGCAAAAAUACACAUGGGCAGUGUGGGAUGUCUACCGUACACAUCCAACCAGUAUAUCGUGUUACAUAUGACUUGGCAGUGUUAUGGCCAUGGCAUUUCACACGCAUAGCUUCUAACCAGAGGAGCCUGGUGGGAGGAUCUAUAGGAGGACGGACUCAUUGUAAUGGCUGGAAUGGAAUCAAUGGAACGGUAUCAAACACAGCAACCAUAUGGAAAUGAUUCCAUUCCAUUCCAGCCAUUCCAGUCAUUACAAUGAGCCCUUCCUCCGAUAGCUCCUCCACUACUCCAUAUGUCACCAUGACUUUCAGAAUCUGUCUUAUUCAGUUUUCUAGCUGUAGAGAAAAGGUCAACAUGGUGGGUGGCAUUCAGUAUAAGAAGUCCUCAGGCAACUCGGCUAGCAAUUUAUUUUUGUUUGUUUUUUUUGUUUGUUAACCUUUAUUUAACUAGGCAAGUCAGUUUAGAACAAAUUCUUGUUUUCAAUGACGGCCUAGGAACAGUGGGUUAACUGCCUGUUCAGGGGCAGAACGAGGAAGUUCAAAUCGGGGAUUUGAACUUGCAACCUUCCGGUUACUAGUCCAACGCUCUAACCACUAGGCUACCCUGCCGCCCCUAUACAUCACAGACCAUAUCAUGUGACAGACUAGUUCAUGGCAUAUGUCCAACAUUUUUUACCCUUCUCUCUCUCUGUCCAAACAGAGCCUUGGGGUAGCCCCCACAGUAGGCUACCAUAUCACUGCAGGAUCAAUGUAGGUGUACUCACAAGAUCAACCACAUCUGGAUGGCAGAAUGUUUCUUUUGUAAGGAACUUCUAAAAGCUAAAAAAGGAACCGUUCACACCAGGGCCACCAUUAGCAUUCAAUAUCUUCAAUGAGAAAGGCUUCUGAUUAGUUAUUUUAAACACAUCAGUCGGUCUCUAUCUGUACCCAUAGGUACAUAGGUAGAGGGGAAUCUGGUUUGAGUUAUUUCCCCCACCCAACUCUCUGACUUGUCUAAUCUAGUAGGCUAUGCGUGAGUAAGAUUGAAGUAGCACUAAUCCGUUUUCUUUGAAUCAUUCUCUGGAAUGAUAUAUUCACAUGAGUCAUUUGGUGUUCUAUGUCAAAAAAAUGGAUGAUUGUUUUAUGUGUACUUCUCUGACCCCUGGUAUUAUUCAACUAACUCGGGGCCACAGUCCCAUAGUCGGGCUGCUAUGAGGAUAUGACGAGUUUAAUUCUAAAACGCUAUAUAUCAAUUUUCAGAAAUGUUUGUAAAUGAGCUUUUGUAGUUUAAAGAACUUGUUAAAGAGAUUGGUGUGGUUUUUUUUCACUAUCUAAUCAUGGGGUUGUUCAAUGACAGACAUUUCAUUGUUUGGAUUCAAUCACUUGGUGGUUUCAUUUCAGAGAGCUAAAUAAUCAUGUUUUGUUGCAAAACCCUAUAUAUCCGCCUCAUUCUCGGAGGAAUAACUAGUACUGCUAGGUUUAAUACAGUCAAAUGUAAUAAAUAAUAACAUUUUUUUCAUAAAGAACUGCACAAAUGACAUAUGUUACAUCAAUAUUAAAAAAAAAUGAAACAAUAUAGUAUUAUGAGAUCUGUAGGAUGUAAAAUAUUUACAUUUGACAUUUGAGUCAUUUAGCGGACUCUUAUCCAGAGCGACUUACAGUUCAUUCAUCUUAAGAUAGUUAGGUGAGACAAACACAUAUCAGUCAAAUGUACAAAAUUUGAGCUAAACAAUGGGUAUAUAGAGUUUUGCAAACAAAUAAAUAAUUAAACACCUAAAAUCUAUGAAUUAAAAGUCGGAGAACAUAUUUUACACCCAUGAAGAUACCAUAAGAAAUCAUUUCUGAUGAAAAAACGUGGGAAAAUGGGUGGAUAUAGCGUUUUUGGAACAAAACUCUUCAUAUAGACAGUCUAUUCCUCAUGUACAAUAAUGUUAUACAAUCAUAUCAUAUUUUGGACUAAACACCAAAGGAACUCCAAAAGAUUGAGCUUAGUGUAGAUGGAAGAACAGCCUCUAUUCGUAGGGCAUGGACUCUACAAGGUGUCGAAAGCAUUCCACAGGGAUGCUGGCCCAUGUUGACUCCAAUGCUUCAGUUGUGUACAGUUGUCAAGUUGGCUGGAUGUCCUUUGGGUGGUGGACAAGGGAUCAUAGCUUUCACUCUACAUCUUGAAAAGAGCACGAGGUGUUUUCCCAAAGCAAGUAUGGAAUAGGCUACCUACUGACAUGUAGUCACUCACUGGCAGUGUGCUCUCCUAGUUUCCAGAACUUUCCCAGUUCAGUCAAUCAACACAAUUAUCUGUUUACUGAAUAUCAGGUGCUGUUGAAAUUGUAUGUAGUUACUCUCAUGUGAGAACAUUUCUCUUGUUCAUCAUUUAUUUCCAUGUUUUUUUUCAUCAUUUUUUUUGCAAGGUGAGGGCUAGACAAUUUUGCCCCCAACCCAAAUCUGUUCGUGCUGUCUUGCAACUCCUCUGGUCAUUGUCCCGCCGAACAGUUUUGACAGAUCUGGGACCAGGCUAAGACGAUCAUGAUCUGGAUUUGGUUGGCAGAGCACUUCUAGGUAAUCUAAUUGGUCAGUUGAUACUUUUGUCAGUGACUAUGUUUACAUGCACACCAGAGGAGGCUGGUGGGAAGAGCUAUAGGAGUAUGGGCUCGCUGUAAUGGCUGGGUUGGAAUGGUAUCAAACAUGGAAACCACGUUUGACUCCAUUCCAUUCAUACCAUUCCAGCCAUUACAAUGAGCUGUUGUCCUAUCGCUCCUUCCACCAGCCACCACUGAUGCACACAGUAUUCCAGAUAAUCGCUCAUAUCCCAUUUAAGGUCCUGUUCAGGAUAUGCUGUUUACAUGCACUUUUGCUAUCCCGCUUAUAAGUAUUUCUGUGUCCAUGAAUAAACAAAAUAUUCCUCUUUUG